CUCUCUCCAAACGCAUGAGCUUAUACGGCCGAUGGGAAGAGGGAUUGUGAAACUUCUGCUCCUGCUACGGUGCCCCCAUGCCCCCACCAUGUUCCCUGUCGUGGCAUGGGCGCACUGGUUGUUUAGUGAUAUCCAGAACAGAGUAUACGAGACGCCCUUGUGCAAGUCCACAGAUGCAUACAUACGACAGGCGGCUACGCCUUGUAGCCUGGUGUCAGCUAGGAGAGCAAGGUUGCACUUGAUCAAGGUUUCAUUUCUUUCGAAUCUUCUUCCAUGACCCUCCGGCUUCCGCACUCUCCCAUGCUCCUUUACCCUUCCUU